AUGAGCGAACAACCAGGAAAAAACAAUUCCAUUCAAGAGGAACACACAGAUCAAAGUUCUCUCGAGAAAAGCUCUCAAAUCGGACAGAAGCAGCUGCAACAAAUAGAGCGGCAGUUAAAAUGCUUGGCCUUUCAGAGCCCUGGACCACAGGUAGCGGACUUUAACCCUGAAACGAGACAGCAGAAAAAGAAGGCACGGAUGUCAAAGAUGAAUGAAUAUUUUUCUGUAAAAUACAAAGUGAUGAGGAAGUACGACCGCAGCGGCCGGCUGGUCUGCAACGCCGUGGACCUGUGCGACUGCCUGGAGAAGAACUGCCUGGGCUGCUUCUACCCCUGCCCCAAGUGCAACUCCAACAAGUGCGGGCCCGAGUGCCGCUGCAACCGGCGCUGGGUGUACGACGCCAUCGUCACGGAGGCCGGCGACGUGGUCAGCGCGCUGCCCUUCCCCGUCCCGGACUAGGCGGGCUGCAGGCCCGCACCUGGGCCGCGCAGUGCGGGAGGCUGGAGAGCCGGCGGAGGGCCUUCUUACCUAGAACCGUGGGUUUAUAAUUUUUAGCAUCCUUAGGCUCAUACGCUGCUAGCUCUGAAUCAGAAUUGC